AUGUCGAACCCUACAUACAAGAACGCCAACGUCUCUGAGACAACUCUCGUUGACACAACAAAGCCUUCAACAAGUACCAAGCCUGGUCUUGAAACAGCACCUCAUAAACCUUCACUCAAGGAAAAGAUCCAGAGGAAGCUCGCAGGCUCAGUCGACCCUACAAAAAAGCCAGCCGACCCCUACAAGUCAUGGGAAGCUCGAUCAGUAGCACUGCUCUAA